UUUCGCUGAUAUAACUGAUUGAGCUUGGAUCAUGUCGGGAAUUGUGCUGUACGGAUUGGACAUUAGUCCGCCAGUGAGAUCCUGCCAGCUGACUCUGCGAGCCCUGGAAUUGGAGUACGAGUUCAAGGAAGUGGAUCUCCUGGCCGGAGAGCACCGCAAGGAGGAGUUCCUCAAGAAGAAUCCGCAGCACACUGUUCCGCUGCUGGAUGAUAAUGGAGUUCUUGUGUGGGACUCACAUGCCAUCGUGUGCUACCUGGUGGGAAAGUAUGCCAAAACGGACGAGCUGUAUCCCAAGGAUUUGGUGAAGCGUGCCCAGGUGGAUCAGCGCCUGUACUUCGAUGCCAGUGCCCUGUUCAUGGCGUUGCGUAACAUUUGUGCUCCGUAUUUCCUCAAAAAUGUCACGGAGAUUUCGCAGGAGAAGGCGGACAAUGUGCGAGAUGGUUAUGGCCAUUUGGAGGCCUUUCUGGGGGAGAAUCCCUACGUUACCGGCGAUAACCUGACCGUGGCUGACUUCUGCUGUGCCGCCACAGCCUCCUCCCUGCCGGCCUUUAUCCCCCUGGAGGCGGAGAAGUAUCCGAAGGUAACCGCCUGGUUGGAGCGCCUCCAGGAACUGCCCUACUACGAGGAGGCCAAUGGGGUGGGGGCCAGGAAGUACGUGGACUUGCUGAAGGACCAGCUGACCCUUCUGUAAGCUUGCGUUCCCACAAUUACCGAGUGUGUUGCUGCAUUAAUAUUUAAUUCAAAGCUAAUUACAAAAAAAUUAAUGAAAAACAUUUGUCAACGUCGACACUCGACGAAAAAGGGGGUAUCAAAAUACACUAAACCCAAGAAAUAAACACACCAAAUUUGAAAUUUAUACUUUUUUAAUAAAAUAAAAGUUUAUGCAUA